AUGUCUGAUUCUGCAACUUCCAACAAAAGCAACGGCAACCGUCGUUUCCGUUCUAACAUUAAAAGGCCAGAUGUUAGCACCAGAGAUAAAAAAUUGGAAUUAUUGAAUGCUCAAUUGAAAAAAAUUAAUUUAGAAGUUGAAAACAUUCGCUCUAAAAUUGAUAGCUCCAACUCUUCUCCAAGCAAUAAUAAGAGACAAACUUUACAAACAGAAUUGAAAGAUAUUAUCAAGACUCAAGCCGAUUUGAAAGCUAAGAGACAACAAUUCCAAGAUAAAAUUAAAGUUUGUGAUUCAAAAUUGAAAAAAAUCCAGGCUGACAUUGAUUCUAAAUUGAGUUCUUCUGGUAACGGUAGUGCCAUGAAGAAAUACUCUUCUGAAGCUGAUGUCAAGGAUAGACUACAAAAUAUUGAAGAUCAGAUGAGCAGUGGUGAAUUGAGUAUUGUUGAAGAAAAAAAACUAGUCAAGGAGGAAGUUACUUUGCAGAGAUUACUCAAAUCUUUCCGUCAAAUCGAACCGUUAAGAAAAGAACAAGAAGCUUUGAAACUAGAAAUCUCUCAAUUGAAAUCUCAAGUAUUUGAAUUGAACCCAAGAGAUAUCAGUACUAAAUUUGAAAAAAUCAAUAAUGAAUUGAAUGAAUUAAGAGAAGCUAAUAGUACUGUUCAAAACGGUAGACAAUUGUUGUUUAAUAAAAGAACGGCCUUGUACUCUAAGAGAGAUGAAAUUUUUGCCAAAAUUAGACAAACCAGAGAAGAUUUUGACAAUGAAUUUAAGGCCUAUAGAUUGAAAGUGGAAAAGGAAAAAUUAAAGAGAGAAGAGGAGGAAAAAUUAUCAAAAUUAUUGGAACAAAAAGAUUCCGACUUGGGUAAAUUGCAAGAAAAAUUAAUUCAUGCCCAGACUCCAGCUUUUACCUAUGAAUUGGGUAAUAUUGAAAAUGUUUUGGUUCUAUUAGAUCCAACCUUUGUUAAACCAAAAACCGGGUUAUUUGAUUCUGAUAAAACUGCGACUGUUCCUGGUUUAGAUACCAAUGUUAAGAAAGUUGCUGUCAGCAGUGAAGGUUUAGUUCCAUUGAAAACUAAAAAACAAUUGGAACCACAACACCCACUUGGUAAGAAAGGUAAGAAGUAUAAAAAACAUCAGAAUGCAUCUUCUGUUGGUGCUGGCAAGUCUUUUGCAUUGGAGCCAUCCACCAUUAGUGUUUUGGCUGAAUUGGAUAUUAUUGUUCCAUUGAAUGCUGAAGAAGUUUCUGGUACUGUUGAACAAUUAAAGAAGAAACACCAAGAAUACCUUGAUGCACAAGAAGAGCAAACUAAAGUAAAUAUUAAGGCUGUUGAGGAUAAGAUUGCCGAAGUUGAACAAGCUUAUGCUGAGAAGGAGGCGGAAGUCAAAAAACAGUUGGAAGAGAAGAAAUUAAAGGAACAAAAAGAAAAAGAAGAAGAAGAAGACGAAGAAGAAGAAGAAAAAACCAAGGAUAAUUAA